AUGGUCGACCCAGGUCUGCCGCAGCCCAAUCCAACUCAGUCAUACUGGCAACACGUUCCCCAUGCCCUCGCAAAUACGCAAUCGGCCUCUUUGCCUACGGAGAGAGACUUUGCCGUUAUCGGUUCAGGCAUCACGGGUCUUUCGGUGGCCAAGACUUUAUUAGAUCGUCACCCAUCUGCGACUGUCACUAUCUUAGAAGCUCGCACGCUCUGCUCUGGUGCAACGGGUCGCAAUGGUGGCCAGAUGGCCCCCAAUGCGGGAGAAGAAUACAUGCAUUUGGCCCAGACUCACGGAUCCGAAAUGGCAGGCAAGAUUGCCAACUUCACAUUUCAAAACCUGCAAAAGAUGCAGGAGUUGAUCAAGGAGUACGAUGCAGUGGAGACAAGCGAGAUGCAACUUCUCGAGAAGCUGCGAACCUUCUUGACCGAUGGCACUUUCAACGAUUUUCAAAAAAGUAUUGAGCGUCUGAAAGCAGACCAUCCCGCCUUGGGCGAGCUAUACACAAUUCUCGACAGGGAAUCCGUGUUGAAGGAACAUGAAAUUCAUGGAGCAGCUGGAGGUGCUCUUGUUCCGGCUGGCACAGUGUGGCCAUACCGACUGGUCACCAAAGUCUUCGCAGCUCUCAUGGAAAAGUACCCAGAUCGACUGACUAUUGAGACAAACACGCCGGUGGAGUCGGUCGAAUAUAGCGAAAGCUUUGUGACUCCAGUCAGUUCUGUUUAUCCUUACACCAUCCGCACACCCCGCGGACCAUUACGAGCGGAAAAUGUGGUUUACUGCACCAAUGGACAUACCGGACAUCUUCUCCCUAAGCUGCGUGGAUGCGUUCAUCCUUUCAAGGGCACAAUGACAGUUCAAGAUCCUGAGACCUCCGUGCCGAAUCGAGGAGCAUCUACGUCCUGGGGCUUCCACUACCCGGAACGAUACGACCCCGCGACUGGUAUCUGUGGCUAUGGGCUGUAUUACCUAGGCCAGAAUGUUACAUCAGGAUACUUCUACUUCGGAGGUGAAGAAGCCCGAAUGGACGAGACUAUAUCUGCCGAUGAUAGCUUUGUUGGGGAGCAUUCGGUCACUCAUCUACAGUCCGUGCUACCGCAGUUCUUUGGCAAGGCUGCUUCGAAGCCGUGGAAGUUGGUCAGCUCUUGGAGUGGAAUCAUGGGCUUCUCGUCCGAUGGAUUGCCUUUGGUCGGGCGUUUGUCAACGACCCUAACUGGUCGAAGCGGCACAGGAGAAUGGAUUGCUGCUGCUUUCAAUGGCUACGGUAUGGCCAAUUGCCUGAUGUGUGGCGAGGCGCUUGCCUUGGCGAUAUUGGGAGAGGAUGUGAGCGACUGGCUUCCGGAGGCUUAUGGACUUGGUGACAAGAGAUUGCGAGAGACGUUGACGCCUCCUGAGGCACUUAAGGUGUUAACCGCAAAGCUGUAA